UCUUGACACCUACAUCUCUACUUUCUCCUCCCCUUGCUUUACCUGUGGGACGCUGGUGCUGAGCUCAACUCAAAUGCCACAUCCACGUCAUCGCUUGCCGCCAUAUUGGGUAAACUACUAGUGGACGAGGCGGAGGAAAACGCAGAAAUAUUGCUUCUGUGUUCGAUUAGCGACAUUUGUUGUUGUGUAGUUGACAACACCAGUACUAAAACAUCCGCUGGAGUCCGUAGCUGUAUGUGUCGGGCACAUUAGAGGGGGUAAAAACUCGGGCAGUGAGAGUCCGAGGCGAGGGGUUUAGUCUUUCGUGUUUGGACUUGUAGACAUGACUUCCCUGACACAACGAAGCUCGGGCCUAGUGCAGAGGCGGACCGAGGCCUCUCGUAGCGCCGCCGCCGACAAGGACAGAGGGUCUGGGGAUGAGGACUUCGAGCCCCGCCGCGGGGAAGAGGAAGAGGAAAAGGACAAGGGAGACUCCAAAGAAACUCGUCUCACUUUGAUGGAAGAAGUGCUACUCUUGGGAUUGAAGGACCGCGAGGGCUACACGUCUUUCUGGAAUGACUGCAUCUCGUCGGGACUGCGCGGCUGCAUGCUGAUAGAGCUGGCCAUACGAGGGCGGCUGCAGCUGGAGGCCUGCGGCAUGAGGAGGAAAAGCCUGCUCGCCCGGAAGGUAAUAUGCAAGUCAGACGCUCCAACGGGGGACGUGCUCCUGGACGAGGCUCUGAAACACGUGAAGGAGACCCAGCCUCCGGAGACGGUGCAGAGCUGGAUCGAGCUGCUCAGCGGUGAGACGUGGAACCCACUGAAGCUCCACUACCAGCUGAGGAACGUGAGGGAACGCCUGGCUAAGAACCUGGUGGAAAAGGGCGUGCUGACCACGGAGAAACAGAACUUCCUGCUCUUCGACAUGACCACGCACCCUCUCACCAACAACAACAUCAAACAGCGCCUGAUCAAGAGGGUCCAGGAGGCCGUGCUGGAGAAGUGGGUCAACGACCCACACCGCAUGGACAAACGCCUGCUGGCCCUCAUCUUCCUGGCCCACUCCUCUGACGUCCUGGAGAACGCCUUCGCCCCCCUGCUGGACGACCAGUACGACCUGGCCAUGAAGAGGGUACGGCAGCUCCUGGACCUGGAGCCAGAGGGCGAGAGCAUGAAGCCCAACGCCAAUGAGCUGCUGUGGGCUGUGGUGGCAGCGUUCACCAAGUGACUUGACUCUACUGCCAGCGGCCACCAGGGGGUAGUAUAGUGUUGAGGUUGCUUGGUGGUUUUGGCAGUGGUGGUGGUAGGCGAGGCGGAGGGAGUGUGUUGAACAGUUUGGGGAGGGACAGAGAGGAGGCUGGUCGCAGGCCUCCCUAAUGGAAGGAUGUUACUCCCUCUGCCUACACUUCUGAACGUAAAUGACUACUUCCCAACCUCCAGACCUGUCCUACACUUUGUAGUACCCCCUGUAGAGAUCUCUCCUGUCUCUGCUUCCUCCAUCAACUUUCUUUCUGGGAGGGGUCAUUACAUCACUCACUUUUACAAAAGCAUUUUACUCCCUCUAAUCAGUCGAAGAGCAAUGUUUUGAAUACCAGACUGAGUGAAAUUAUGAAGAAUUAACCAUCAAACCUCUCGGUCUUCCUCCCCAGUCAAAUCUUUAUUUUUCUUUCUAAUACGUCAGUAUGUAUAGGCUAUGUUACACUCUCACAGUAUCUAGAUCAAAUUAUUUCUAAAAAAAACCCAAUGUAAUCCAAUGUUCUUUGGUGAUAUACAUGCAAAUUGGAUCCAUCCUCUCAAACCAACGUGAUGACAUGAUCCUCUAAUUGAAUGGUUCUCAUCGACAUGUCUGGAUUAUUUGUGAGAACACUCCUGCAUCAGAAGUGUACCCUAUUCCUGAACCAGGGCCCUGAAGUCAUUCGCUAUUCAAGGAAUAGGGUGCAGCCUUUCCUGGUGGUUUUCAAGUGAAGGAACCCUUCCGGUAGGCCAGUUUCUGCAGGUUAAAAGCAGGGUGUAGUAGGUCUCGGUCUGACCCCAGAGAAAUAUAGAAAUGUAAUGAUAGUCUAGAUCUCCACAGUGUGUUUUGGUAGAUCUGUCUAUUCUGGAAAGUAUGUCUGGCGGGGGGGGGGGGGUGAUCUGUCGAAGCAGAGAAGGUGACGUCCUCUCCCUGGAUCUGUCUCAGUUUCGCUAUGAUUCCGGACUUGUUACCAUAACAAUAAAGAUGACCCCGAUGUCCCUCCCCCUGUCUGAAUGACAGGCCCUUCCAUCCUGCGUCGGUUCAGCUGUCUGUCAUGUUCCUUGAAAUCAAUAAUCAGUUUAUUUUUGUAGCCUUCUCAUGACAGAAAUUCCAGCUAGCAAAUGUGCUUGUUGUGUAUGCACACCAAGGUCUGAAAUGAAUAAACCAAUCAAAAGGAUAGACACAUUCCACUUUGUUUUUUUUUUAAUGUAGAGGUAACGUUAUGUACCCAUCCCUCAGCCUCUUUAGCCUAGCUUGGUCUCCGAAGGCAACUUGCCUCUAUUUAAAUAGACGCUUUUCUAAACCACAGAUGUUCUAGUCUAUGCCCGGAUCUGUUUGUGCUCUCUCUCACGCUGAGGUUCCCUGUGGUCAGUGUUACCCCAUGGCAGUUGGGUUGGAUAGCACAAGGCAGAUCCGGGACCAGGCAACAACACUGUGGCGGUUGGCCUGGUAGUUCUGGUAAAUCUGUUUUUGCCGAGGCCUGCGCCGUCACCGCCGGGGUGCUAGGCUGGGCAUGUGCUACCGGCUGGAACGUGGCAAACGUAGCACGUUGUCGUGGCUUUACGUUCCUGUAAAGGCGUGUCAAAAAAGUCUGACCAAUCACCACACCAUGCUCUUAAUUUUAUGUUGCGUUCUUUUUUCUUUUUAAAUUUCAUUUAAUUUAAUCAGUGAUGAUUUCUACUCACUUUUUUUAAUGAAAACAUUUUUAGUUAUUUUUUUUUUAUCAUUGGCUUUUUCUGUUUUGUUUCCUGCACACAUUAUGGAUAAUGACAUUGUGAUACGUGUUUGAUUUGAUCAUGGCAGUUUUGCCAAUACAUAUUGUGUUGAUAAUGUUGUUGCUUUUCAGUCAAUCAGUGGAUGAUGAUGAUUUGGAGACGUGUCGUAAUACUGAGGUUUACAGGGGACUGACCAGUCGCUGGUCUUCACUUUAACUAUGUGCAUCCCAAAUGACACUGUUUCCUAUAUGGCGGACAGGUCCGUAAUAACGCUAACCGAAAGCCUAUUAGGAAUAGGCGAACAUUCGGGAUCCACCAUGAUUAGUUUUUUACUGGAGAAUAUUCCAGUGGGUUAAGAGGAUAGUUUGUAUGCAUUAUAACAAAGGGAUCGUUUAUCUGUAUACCUUUACUUCGACCAUGAAAUAAACUAUGAUUACAGAAGUGCCUAACUGCAUUUCAUCUGUC